GAAUGUGUUGUGUAUUUGGGAAUUGAUCUACUUAUUUGGUCAUUGAUUAUUUGAAACUUGAAAAUUUGAGUUCUUGAAAAUGAAAAUUGAUGUCGUGUUUGGACACGCAUUUUACUUGAAAAAAGAUUUAAGUUUUGUGACCGGAAGUCUCAAGAACCAAAAACCAGUUUUUGGAAAUUUGAAAAUAUUUUGAAGAUCAGAUCAAAAUAUAUGGCAAAAUAGAUAUUUGAAGAUAAUAUUUCUAAAAUCUAUGGCCAAACCACUAGCUUUAGUUUGGUUUUGCAGUUGGAGUUUCAAUUGAAACCCAGAGGCAGAAGUUUGUUCUAAAGGGAUAAAGAGGAAAAUUCUUUUGAUUCACUUUUAGACAGGUCUGUGAGCUGUUUUUCUCCGCGACUACUACUUGAUGUUUGCUUCACAGCUUUUGAGAAUUCUCCAGACUCUACCAGCUGAUGUGAACAAUGAAAGCUGAUAAGCAUCCUCUGUUUAGUGAUUCAACACUAGUCUCUGUCCAUGAUUCUAAAACAUUUGAAUGCAACAACAGCGUCUUUGACACAGCUGAAGAGAAGCCUACCAUGAAGGGAAAUCAGAAUGGGAUCUUAAGUCAUCCUAAUGGUUACAAGGAGGAAGAUUCUUUAGGUUUUCCCGUAAAUGACUUCGGAAAUUCAAAUGUCUAUGACAAUAGGGAAGACCCUUUGGCGUGCGACAGAAACGAUGGGAAUGAAUUCUGGAAAGUUCCUGAACUUGAUGACUCUAUAUUUUUUGAUAACAACAAUGAAAUUAAGGCUUCAAGUGUGAGCGACGAUCAUAAUGUAGAUAUGUCCAGGAUAAACGGUGACAAGAGAGGUGGAAAUCCUUUUGCGUGUGAUAUUCCCUCAAGUGAUACAAAUGAAAUUGUUGCUGCAAGUGUUACGGAUGAUCAAAACGAAGGCUUGUCGAAUAUCAUCCAUAGCAAAAGAGGUGGAAAUCCAUUUGAAUGUGAUACAAAAGAUAGAGAUCAGCCAUGGAAUAUUCCAGAAUAUGAGUGCUCCAUGAUUGUUGAUUUUCUUGACGACAAAGAAAAUGAAACUAUUGACUCUGAUUCACCUUUUACCUCUCACUCCGAGUUGUUUGAGAAUAACAAACAAUUUUAUUCUGAUAAAGGUGUCACCGAUCAAGAGCUGCCUGAAUUGACAGUUUGCUACAGAGAGAACAACUUUAACAUGGUUAAAGACAUAUGUAUGGAUGAGGGUGUACUUGCAGUAGAUAAAGUUCUAAUCGAAAGCUGGAAGGAUGACCAACCUAGCACGUCUGUUUCUGUUGAUGCUGAUGAAGAACAGCAGAGCAACGCAAGGAAAAGUGUCAAUAUGGGGUCGACCCUUGCAUCUGAAUCGCAAGAUUCAUCUUUUGAAGAUGCCAGGAACAUUGCUGUGACUCAUGAUACAGAAAAAGAACUUGUUCCAAAUGGUUUCAAGCCCUCCCUAGAGAAUAAUGCCAACAAAGAUGAGGAUAAGGAUUCUUAUCUAGAGGAUUUGAUGAUGGUUUUUGGUUCGAAAUGUACUACAAACGGGAAAGCUACUAAUGCAUCAGAAAGACCAUCAUCUCCCAAUACCGUGGUUCUUGUGGAAGAGUCCAAUAUAAAGAAUUCUCAAAGAGCUAUAUCUGAUGGUGAUCAAUCUACACUGCAACCUGAUCAGGUGCCUUUUGAGCGAACUUUGAAAAGCCAAACUGCAGUUUCUGCAGCCGAUGAGACAAACAACAAGGGUCCUGCUUCCAACUUAUUUCACAAUAGCAAGGAGGAAGCGGGAACUAGUAUUUUUGACUUCAACAUUACCAAGCCCGAAUCAACAAAAAGCACUGAGGGAGGACUCGGAAACUUGCCUGAAAGUUCUCACACGCCAAAGGCCAUCUCCGUUCACAAGGAUGGAAAUUCAGAUAAUGUUCCAGCUUCUAGUCAAGUUCAUUUUGCUAGUACCGGUAAUAAUGCGCACCAACAGCACCUUGAAUCCCAAAAUGUGGCUAAUGGCCAAGGCAAUUUUGAUGGAGAAGCAAGUUUUUCUGCAGCAGGAGGUCCUGCAUCAGGUUCUAUUACUUACUCAGGGCCUAUAUCUUAUUCUGGAAACGUAUCUCUUCGAUCCGAGAGCAGCACAACCAGUACCAGAUCCUUUGCCUUCCCAGUCUUACAAAAUGAAUGGAAUAGCAGUCCAGUAAGAAUGGCAAAGGCGGAACGGAGGCGUUUAAGUAAACAAAAGGGUUGGAAGCAAGGCCUUCUGUGUUGUAGAUUCUAAAUUCUUGUUCUUAGUUAAAGAAUAUACAUAGCAAGACCUUAAAUCUUGAACCUUUUUGAGUAUUGUAAGUAUGCAUACAUGUUGAUAUUCUCUUAGGGGUGGCAUGUUUUAAGGGAAGUUACACAUUUGGCCGCUUGGCCAAAAAUAUUUACAUCUGCUAGCCAAUAAACAUAUAUUAUGUGUAUAUUAUAUAUCUAUCGGCUAUUAUUUGA